AUGGAGCCUCCCGUUGACUGUUUGAUUUCCGUGCCUAAGUUUGGUCCUCCUCCCCGAACAGAUCCCAGUGCCGGGGGGGGAGGGGGGCUAGGCAGAGGGCGUCGUCUAGUUGUCAGCAAGCUAAACACCGGAGGGGAUCCCCCUUCAGCGCGGGGAGGCCACACGGCCACUCUAGUAGGGGACAAGAUAUACUUGUUCGGGGGUCACGAGCUUAGGGGUGCAGACAAGGGGUUUGCUUAUCACAACGCCGUUUUCGUGCUGGACCUUAAAGGUCGCCGCUGGGUGCCCUUCAAGAAGCAGAAAGGGACGCCUGCAGCCCCCCGCUAUGGUCACACUGCCUCUCUCUUCCGCUCCCGCAUUAUUAUUUUUGGGGGCAAGGGGGGGCCCAACCUCUACUUUCAAGACCUUAACGCCCUAGACGUAGACAAUGCAACGUGGUACAAGGGCCUCUCUCGUCGAGGGGACCCCGGCGCGCGCUUCUGGCAUUCUAGCAACAUAAGCGGGGACCACAUGUACGUAUUUGGGGGAGCUUGCGGCUCGACUUUGCUCGGUGACUUGCACGCACUGAACCUCACGACAAUGGAGUGGCAAGAGCUCAAGCCCAGGGGCAGGGCGCCUCGACCACGAGUUGCCCACGCCUCUGCCCUUGCGAACGGCUACCUCCUCAUCCAUGGGGGCAUGGCUAGAACAGUGCUGGAAGAUACGCAGGCCGAGGCUUCCGCACUAAAUGCUGCAGACCUUGCUACCUGGUAUUUAGGGGAUUUACAUGCCCUCUCCCUCUCUGCGCUAACCUGGCACCGCUUGAGGGUUCAAGGCGACCUUCCCACCCCCAGAAUGGGGCACACCCUCGCACCGCUCGGUAACAGUCUCCUUCUUUGGGGGGGCUGGCCUCAUCGUAACUCGACACGAGCAAGCAUGUACAACCCUGACAGCAAGCAACAAGAACUCAUGAUGGCUUCAGCACCCACGGAUUCUGAUCCAACAGCAGCGUUACUCCUGCAAAGCGAAGAGCCCCAAGAGAUUCCACUCCAGGAUGCGGCUGCGUUGUGCAGCUACACCGGAGAGUGGAGUCCUAUUUUUGUGCGAGGCAAAACACCAGCUUGUCGCUAUGGGCAUUCUCAAUCGGAAACCCCUAGUGGGGUUGUUGUCCUUGGCGGGUGGACCAGCCCAGUACCCUUAAUGGAGGCGCUACUAAUACAGGAAGAAGAAGAAGAAACUGCUUCUUAG